CUCGCUUCUGAAUGACUCGGUAUGUUCAGCACAUGCUGGCAGCACUGACGGACGUGGACGUUCGAGACCACUAACGAUAAUUUUGAGAAGUUGAGAAAGAAAGGGGUGAUGCUUAUUUUUUGAUAUAUUCUCUCUUCAUAUUCUUUAUCGUUGAUUUAUUUCGAACUAAGGUGAAUCAGGGUCACCAUGUCAAAAAUUGCAAGCCCCACCCAUUUUAAGGGUGAAUUGGACCACUUUUAUGAUCCUACAUUCACUGCUGACAUAAGCCAGAAAAUGCAGGUGCCAAAGAGUAUAAGAGUCGGUGGUGGUGACAUGGAUGAAAAUCAACGACACAACUGGGUGAAUGAGAAAUUUGAUAUGCAUGUUCCAGAUAGGAUUCUUGUUGUUGGUGAGGAGCAACACAUUGGCACCAGAGCUCCCCCACGAGAAAUCUUAUUGGAAAAUGCAGUGAUGCCUCCUGAACCAGAUUUUAUUCGUGUGCAGACUCCUCCCCGUGUGCUAACAUUGGAUGAUCACUACUUUCCUUCUGCGGAUGAUUAUCCAAGGAAUAGUCCUCCUGAAAGGGAAAUCAGUGGAAAGUUUGACUCUGGAUCUAAUUCUGAAAUAAAUCAAAUCACUCCUUUUAAGACCAGGCACAAUGAACAUGACCACAGCCUAAUUCAGAGGGACUGGACUCCCAUGCCGUCUGCUGGAGGAGAAGGUAUCACUACCAGCGAGGAAAUCAUGCACCUGAGGAGGCAACUAGCCAAGCUGAAUCGCCGUGUUAUGGCUGUUGAAUUGGAUAAUGUACAAAUGCAACAGAGAGAAAAAAUGUUAUAUGCUUCAGUUGCAGCAUAUUUGCUCUAUAAGCUUAUCUCAUGGAUGAGUCAUAAUGGCUAAAGUGUAGUUUUAUUGGUAUAUUCUUUCACCCAACUGUUUCAUCACAUUUGUGGUAGCAUGAUUCCACGUUGGGUGUGUGUGUGUGGAAUUCCUAGAAGAGUAAUGCUUUCUCUAGAUACAAUAUCCUCAGAGGCUCCUCUCUAACUGUUUAGUGCUACCUACCCAUGAGUAUUGUAUAUUUUUACUGUGGUUAUCAUAAAGACUUAUUUUGGAAAUGUAAAUGGUUGGCUUGGAUUGGUCAUGUGUACUGUACUCCUUUUAUGGUUUUGGUUUUGGGGGAUUUUCAGUUUAGUAUGCCAUAUAGUGUUAAAAAAUUGUGUUUUACUUGCCUUCUGAACACUUAGUCUUUUAGCUCUGAAGCUUAGUCAAAGGCACCUCUCUUACAUAUUAUCCGUAUCAAUUUUUGAUCCAAUCAAAUUAUGAUUCUUGUUAAUUUUUAUGAAAAAUCAGAUGAGAAAGUUGUCUGUAUUCAGAUAUUUGCAGUAGUUAUGUAGAUGUAGAAUUUGCACUUUGCAAUUUAUGGAGGCUAUUUGUGUUUGUCAAGCCGAUUAUAGGCCCGCCAUCAAUUUUCGGCUUCCCCCAGAGCACUGGCAUAAAUACAUUUGAGUUGUUAAGUUUGUAUCAUGUUGCGAUUCAUUCAAGCUUUUUAAAGAUCUGGUCUAGUACAAGUACACCCAAAGAAAAAGUUUUGGAAUCUGACAACAUUGUGGCUACAGAAGUUGUGAUAUUUGUAAUAUUGUAUUGUUGCUACUAUCUUAUCUCUGUAUGUGAGAUGGUUGUAAAUACGUAUUUAGAGAGUUGAAUAAUCAUGCCCUUGUCUUAAUGAAAGUAUAGAGUUGACCUUCCAAAUUUUCCUUGUUAGGAGCAGGUUUCAUAUGAAGGUACUUCUGUUCUUCUUGGAGAUCACGUUGUGUUGUAUUGUUAUAAGGUCUCUGAGGUAAACAACUCAUUUCACAUGUACAUACAUUUUAAAUACACUAUGGUCAAUAAUUUUCUUUCCUGCGUUUGUCAUUUGUCUGCCUUGAAAUAUAAGUCUUUCUCAAACAAUCA